UUAACCUUUAUAUUGAAGUAUUUCUAUUAAAAAAAAAAAAAAAAAAAAAAAAAAAACACAAUAAACAUCUACUUUACACAAACAGCAGUGUAUUACGAAAGUCUAAACUUAAUUUUAAUAUACGUACAAUUAACAAUAUGAAGAAAUAUAAUUAUUAUAAUAUACAUUGCUUCAUUUCUAAAUAAAAUUACAAUAAUGAGUUCUCACGGUAAAGCAGAAACUGAAAGAUUGAAACAAAAUUUAGAAGAACAGCUUGAUAGAUUAGUGCAACAGUUAGAGGAUCUUGAAGAGUGCAAAGAUGAAAUGACUAAUGAAGAAUAUGAAGAAGCCAAAGAAGAAACAAUGGAACAACUUCGUGAAUUAAAUGAAUCAUUACAAAGAAUGAUUUCUGGAAAUAUGACUCUUAUCAACCAACUUGGAGCAAUGCAAUUGGCAGCUCAAGCAGCAAUAAGUGCAGCUUUUAAAACUCCUGCUGUAAUUAGAAUGUUUGGAAGACGUGAGCCGGAUCAACUCAGAGAACGUCUUUUUCAAAUUGAACGUGACAUAAAACUUGGGAAACUAAAUAAAGAUGCUGGUGAUCGAUUGCGUACUGAAGUACUGAGUGCUUUAAGACAGCUUGGAGAAAAAUUAGAUCCUUCCGAAUUACAAUUAUUAGAAAAAUUUUCUUUAAAUAGUAUAGAUGCAACGAGCUAUGUACAAGUGACAGAGGCUGUAGAAAAGGGUCAAAUGGCCUUAGCAGCAGUUGGUAAAGAAGUAAGAGCUACUCAAAGUACCUAGAUUUUUUAAUUAUACUUUAUAUCAAUAUAUGUCCAUGUUAUAAGUACUUCCUAUUUGGAAUAUAAUGAUUUUUUAAAUAAUAUUAAUUUACAUAUGAUUAGAACAUCUUAUUUUAAAUAUUAUGCUUAUUAUCUAAAUUAUUUAUUUAACAUCUUGGUUAAUCUUAAAUAUUUAAAAAAAGAAAAAAAUACAAAUUAUAUUGCGUUAUAUAAUUAGGUUCUACAACUUUAUGGUUAAUUCAUUUAUUUAAUCUAAGUUCUAAUAUAAAUUCAAGUAAUAUUCAUAUAAAUGUAAGUUAUGUAAUGAAAUAAAAAAAAAAAAAAAUAACUUUCUAUAGAUGAUUUAUAAUUACAAACUAAAAUACGUAUAUUUUUAAGUAUGAAGCAGUGGAAUGAGUAAAAAUAUUGGACUAGUAUGUUUUAAUUUGCUUUUGUGCACACAUACUAUCUUUUACUAAUUGAAUUAUCACUGUUUUUAUUCACAAACCCUGUGACUUAUUAAAUAUACUUAUUUAUUAUUUAAUGUUAUGUAAUAUCAGAAUUAUUAAGAGAAGAAUAUAAGUAUAAUUAAUAACAAUUAAAAUUAUAUCUCUGUAUAAUUAAUUAAUUCUUAAAUCAAAUACUUAAAUGAAAGUACAAUAAGAGAGUUCAUCUAAACAAUUAUAAUGAAAAACUGAUAAUUUCUGUAAAAACACAAGCUAGAUUUUUAAUUUGAAAUUAAUAAUUGUAAAAUGUUGUAUCAUAUAAAAAAACAACAAUUGUACAAAUUGAAUAAAAGAAUUAAUAACUUAUAUUGUUAAAUACAAAAUAGUAUGGUCGAAAAAUAUAAAUUUAUGCAUAAAAAAUACUUCCAUUUAAGAAGGAAGCCUACAAGGAGAAAAUAGAUUAGUGUCAAGAAUAUAUAUAUAUAUAUAUAUUACUGUGCUUUAUCUUUUCUCAACAAAAAAAAAAAAAAAAGAAAAAAAAGAAAAAGAAAAAAUCGAACAUGAUAUUUCUUAUAGAUCUUCAUAAUAAAAUCAUUAUAAAGCUCAUUGCGCCUUCUAUUUAAUUAACGUUUACGACGACAAACUCUUUUAUGUUCACGUUGCCAAUGAACCUGUUGACAAUCAGUACUGCAAUAAGCUGUGUUCCAACAGCAAUGAUAUAUUGCUUCAGCUUCGCAGUUGUAACACUGUAAUUACAACAUAGUAAAUAUUAAUUAAAGUGUGUGUGUGUAACA